CGGAAUCGGCGGACAUGGCACCUUAUACAGACUUCAGUCCUUGAGACAAAGUUUUCUUUCGCGUGUUCUCGACUCAUGAACGUCCUACAAGUUUAAUCCACAUGCCGAGACUCAUCGGAAAACCCAGUCAAAUGGCGAAAAUAUUGGGUCCCCACAGCCCGCGGCACAGUCCCCAUGGGCAGCUUUCCAGGAAAGCAACUAGCAUCCCAAGCAUCGUGUUCCCCGCAACGCCUUUCGAUGUCUUCGCAUGGGCAGAGUCUUUGGGUUCCAAGCAGGGUGUAUAAAUCGACCCUGAUGCCCGCCCAGAAGCAACUUCUUCCGACUUUGAAGUCCACUUCGUCUUCCUAUUUGACGAGACUUCAAGCUUGACAGAGUCAACCUGCAACACAUCCACGAUGUCCGAUCUCCCAACAGAGACCAGCAAGGCGGUGCAGCCCUCGCACCUCGAGGCCAUCACCUCUCCCAACGAGAAGAUGGGCGAGGCUCAGAUCAUCGAGCAGGCCAAGGAAGCCACCGAGAUCGAACAUACGCUCUCGGUUGUGGAGUGCGUCAAAAACUACCCAAUGGCCAUUUUCUGGAGCAUCAUGGUUUCUAUGUGCGUUGUGAUGGAAGGCUACGAUGUCUCUUUGAUUGGAAACUUCUUCGCAUACCCCACCUUUGCUAAGAAGUACGGGAACUAUUAUCCGGACAUUGAUGGCGGAACUUAUACUCUCACAGCUCCUUGGCAAUCAGGUGUUGGGAAUGCUUCCGGUGUUGGCGCUUUCUUUGGAGUUAUGCUCAAUGGCUGGCUCGUUGAUUGGUAUGGGCAGAAGAGAACACUUUUGGGCUCUCUCGUUGCGCUCGCUGCUUUUGUCCUCAUUACUUUUUUCGCUCCUAACAUUGGCACUCUGACUGCUGGAGAGGUUCUCUGUGGUCUGCCGUGGGGCGUAUUCGCAUCUACAGCACCGGCUUAUUCUUCGGAAGUGUUGCCACUCCAACUUCGAAUCUAUCUUACUUCCUACACCAAUAUGUGCUUCAUCAUCGGUCAGCUCAUCGCCGCUGGAGUUCUGAAGGGCCUCGUCAACAACCCUACCGAAUGGGGCUACAAAAUCCCCUUCGCAAUCCAAUGGGUCUGGCCUGCUUUCCUCAUACCACUCCUUUUAUUCGCUCCAGAAUCGCCGUGGCAUCUAGUCCGCAAGGGUCGCUUCGACGAAGCAGAACAUUCUCUCCGUCGCCUGCAGAGAAAAUCAGCCCCCAUCGACCCAAAAGCUACGCUAGCUGCUAUCAUCUACACCGAUAACCUUGAGAAGGAAUUAACAGUUGGCACACAUUACAGAGAUUGCUUCAAGGGCACUGAGCUCAGACGCACGGAGAUUGCUUGCUUCAUAUUCGCAGCCCAGGUUCUCAGUGGAGGGAACUUCGCGUACAACUCCACCUACUUCUUCAAGCAGAUAGGGCUGGACUCCAAUACAACCUACAAGCUUAGCGUUGGCGGAACUGGCAUGGCCCUUGUCGGGACUCUCAUCUCCUGGUUCGCACUCAUGCCCUACUUCGGUCGUCGCACCAUCUACCUCUGGGGCAUGGCAGCCAUGUGCAUCAUCCUAAUGCUCAUCGGGAUUCUCAACGUACACACGUCUAAACACUCCUUCGGCAUGACGCAAGCCGUGCUUACCCUGGUUUGGACUUUCGUCUUCCAGCUCUCCGUCGGACAACUUGGCUGGGGCGUACCCGCUGAGGUCGGGUCCACCCGCCUCAGGCAGAAAACCGUUUGCCUCGCACGAAACGCAUAUUAUAUUGUUGGAGUCGUGGCGAAUGCCCUAGAGCCAUAUUUUAUGAAUCCGACACAGUGGAAUUUGAAGGGCUAUACGGGGUUUGUGUGGGGUGGGACCACGUUUGUUAUGCUUGUUUGGGGAUUCUUUCGUCUGCCGGAGACGCAGGGGAGGAGUUUUGAUGAGCUGGAUGUAUUGUUUGCAAAGAAGGUGUCAGCGAGGAAGUUUAAGAGCACAGUUGUUGAUGCGUUUGAUGAGUCUGAGACAGCCGGAAUUGUGGGAAAUGCAAGGGAGUAGUAGAAAGUGCAUCCUGCGCUGGCCAUGGCUAGAUUACUUUAUACUCAAAGGGAGAAUAGUAUAGCUUUGGACAAGACACAGUGUUUCUACGCUACGUU